UGCGCAUUCACUCUCAUUCAUACAACAUCCACCCCUGCACGGCGAUAAAUAGAUUAUCGGUUCCAGUUCCUGGGGUUCAUAUACAGAUGUUUUCGCGCAGAAAUCGCCCCCUCUUUUGAGUUUCGUCGUCAACUAGAUAUACAGCAGGUAUAAAAAGCGGUGUUAAUGUCUUUCCCAUUUCGCGUCGUGGAACAUGUAGUUCCGGGACAAUACAUCAGAGAAUACCCACGAGCGACGUCGACCUCGCAGGAGCAGACCCUUCGACUUGCUGUAAAACAGUAUAUCCCGCUGGACAAUCCGAGUCCGCAGCCGGGUGAUGUUACGAUCAUAGCGGCACAUGCGAAUGGGUUUCCAAAGGAGCUAUAUGAGCCACUAUGGGAGGAACUUCACGCUCGAAGUAAGAAUCAUGGAUUCCGGAUACGCAGCAUCUGGAUGGCCGAUGUCGCGCACCAGGGCCAGAGCGGCGUGAUUAACGAGGAUGUCCUCGGCAAUGACCCAAGCUGGUAUGAUCACCCGCGUGAUCUUUUGCAUUUGAUCAACCUAAAGCGCGAUGAAAUGCCCCGUCCAAUCGUUGGGAUCGGCCAUAGUAUGGGUGGCGCACAUCUAGUUGCUCUAUCUCUAACCGUACCUCGCUUAUUUCACAGCUUAGUAUUGCUGGAUCCUGUUAUCCAACGCCAAACAACGCAGUUCCCCGAAGAUUUCCAAGGAAAAUUCGUGCCCUUAAACACUGUUUUAUCCACAUAUAGACGCGAUAUCUGGCCUUCCCGAAAAGCAGCCGCAGAAAGCUUUAGUCGCAGCCCAUUCUAUAAAGCCUGGAAUCCACGAGUAUUAGAAAGAUGGGUGAAGUAUGGUCUUCGAGAACUACCAACCGCCACCCAUCCAUUGCCAUCCACUGAAGCACACAACAAAAACCAGAGCGAUGAUGAAAAACCAGUCACACUUAUAACAACCCGCCACCAAGAAGUUUUCACCUUCUCCAGACCGAAUUAUGACUACGACACCGAAACCAAUAAGCCUGCUAGUGUUUCGGAAACUCCAGAUCUUAUACCCAAUGAACCCAACCCACACCCAUUCUACCGCCCCGAACCCGUCCAGAUUUUCUACAACCUACCACAUCUUCGACCAAGCGUACUAUAUAUCUUCGCCGGCCAAUCUAACAUGUGCCCUCCACACAUGAUGGCCGAUAAACUGGAUAACACGGGCAUCGGAGCCGGAGGUAGUGGUGGCGUUGCUGCAGGACGUGUGAAAUCCGUGUUUUUUAAAGAAAAAGGCCAUCUUCUGGCACAAGAAGCAGUUAUUGAAUGUGCUGACGCAGCAGCUGAUUUCUUUGGCCCGGAACUGAAGCGAUGGAAAGCUGAAGACGAUGCGUUUCGGCAGGAGUGGAAUCGGAAAUCAAAAGUUGAGAAGGUCACUGUUGAUGAAAGGUGGUUGAAAGAGAUUGGACCGCCUCCUGCGAGACCGUCGAGGAGUACGGAUGGUAAUUCGAAACCGAAGCUGUGAUGUGCAUUAGCGUUAGGUUGCUCUUGGUGAGCUAGACUUGUUGAGGGUGACGUCUCUUGGAUAUGAAGAGCCUUGGAGAGUAAAGAUUUAAGACGUC